UACUUAUAUAACCCAAAAAGUAAAAUUCAUCAAAUUUGGUUGAUGAAUAAUCCUAAUAUGGUUUAUUUUUUUCAACACAUACGAUGUUUUUUCUUUUUUUUAAUGGUAACAUUGCCCUUACCAAUGUGGCCGUCGCGUAGCUCUGUCACUUAGCCGGGCUGCAAAAAACGCAUUUACUCAUCUAGUUUUUUUUUUUUAUUUCUACCCAUGUUACGCCUUUCGUGGUUGCCAAAUUGCACAAAGAAGCAUCGAUUUAACCACGAAGGUGUGUUCUGCGUUUUAGAUCUCUGAGCUGGCAACACAAACUCAGAAGCUGUCACUCUGGUGUUGCUUUGGUUAGGUCGACGCAGCGAAGAUGGCGACCGCCUAUGAGCGAUAUAAUUUACAUACGACCCCUGAAAAGUUUUUCAUCGAAGCCUGCGAUGAAGGGGCUAAUGCUGUAUUGGCUAUCGACAGGGUGUCAAAUGAGAUGACCCUCACAAGUAAAAAGGAUAUCCCUGCCUCAGCGGUGACCAGGCCUAUCUGCGGUAUCAUGGGAACCAUUCGCCUGGUUGCUGGGAUGUACCUCAUCGUCAUCACAAGGAAGAAAAAUGUGGGCAGCCUCCUGGGUCAUGCAGUGUGGAAAGCAGUGGAUUUUGAUAUCAUCUCUUACAAAAAGACAAUUUUGCAUCUAUCAGAGAUCCAGUCUCAGGAGAAUAAGACGUUCCUAUCCAUGCUAAACAACGUGCUGACAACAGACGGUUUCUACUUUUGCACUGAUUACGACUUGACGCACACCCUUCAGCGACUGGCCAAUACCAGCCCUGACUUUCAGGAGAUGAGCCUGUUUGAGAGGGCGGAUCAGAGGUUCCUGUGGAAUGCAAAUCUCCUCCGUGAGCUGGUAGCAGAACCAGAGCUCCACAGGUUUGCUCUCCCUGUUGUACAUGGCUUCAUUGUCAUGAAACCAUGUCGUAUCAAUGGGAAAAUCUUUGAGUGGAUCCUCAUAUCCCGGAGAAGUUGUUUCCGGGCUGGUGUCAGAUACUAUGUCAGAGGAAUCGACUCAGAAGGACAUGCUGCUAACUUUGUUGAAACUGAGCAGAUAGUUGUAUAUGAGGGAGCAAAAGCUUCCUUUGUGCAGACAAGAGGAUCUAUGCCUUUUUAUUGGAGUCAAAGGCCCAACCUGAAAUACAAACCAAAACCUAUUAUCAGCAAAACAACCAGUCAUUUGGAUGGUUUCCAGAGGCAUUUUGACUCUCAGCUCCUAAUCUACGGGAAACAAACAGUUCUUAAUCUGGUAAAUCAGAAAGGAUCUGAAAAGCCACUCGAACAGGCAUUUGCAAAGAUGGUGUCCACCAUGAAUAAUGGUAUGCUCAAUUACAUAGCCUUUGACUUCCACAAAGAAUGUAGCCACAUGAGAUGGGAUCGUCUUCAGAUCUUGGUGGAUGCUGUAGCUGAGACACAAGAUGAAUACAGUUACUUCAUGGUGAACUUGGACGGAAAGGUACUCGUCCAGCAGAAAGGUGUCUUUCGCAGUAACUGUAUGGACUGCUUGGACAGAACCAAUGUCAUCCAAAGCCUUUUAGCACGACGCUCUUUGCAGUCUCAGCUACAGAGAAUGGGUGUUUUAAAUGUAGGACAACGACUUGAAGAACAGGCUGACUUUGAGAAGAUCUACAAAAACGCAUGGGCUGACAAUGCAAAUGCAUGUGCGGUACAGUAUGCAGGAACUGGUGCAUUAAAGACAGACUUCACGAGGACAGGAAAAAGAACACACUGGGGGUUGUUGAUGGAUGGUUGGAACUCUGUGAUCCGGUAUUACAAAAACAACUUCUCUGAUGGCUUCAGACAAGAUUCAAUUGAUUUGUUUUUGGGAAAUUUUGCCAUUGAUGAAUCAGACAGCCCCGGGCCUUUGAGGGUGCAGAAGGACUGGAAGUUCCUUACGCUACCUAUCGUCAUGUUGGUGGCAUUCUCGAUGUGCAUCGUAUGUCUUCUCAUGGCUGCAUACACAGAUGGAUCCCAAGCAACAUUGAUCCUACUUGGGCUUUGUCUUCUUUCAGGUGACACAUGGACAGAGACUUUGGCAUAUGUGAUGUUUUGGGGCGCAUGCAGUGCGAUUACAGCUACAAUCAUCCUCUUUAAUGGGCAAGACUUUGUGGAUGCUCCUAAACUUGUACAUAAAGAGAAAAUGGACUGAGUUGUGAUUGUGCAUCUUAGGGUAAAGGAUAUAACAGCUUGCGUACGAGACUAAGACAUCUUGUCAACAUUAUUUUUCUCUUUCCACAUAUGAAGACUAGACUGUUGUCUGAUCUGUCCUGACUUCCCUCCAUUUUUUUUUUUGUGCUUUACAGAGGCUAAAAUUUAGAAUAUGUCUGCUCUGUUCCAUAAAGCCUAUCGGUAAUUUUUUACAGAUUUUCCUGAUUGGUCAACAUUUAUGUGGAGACAAAGUACUGUCAACUGCCACUAUUACUCUAUUCUUCACACAUCCUCUUUUAUGUGAACUGUACUUCAGGAUUUUUUUUGUGUCAUUAUAAUUUUGUGUAUACAGUAAAUCCUCACUAAACGUGGGCAUACAGACCAAGCCUUGCCGUGAAAAGCUAAAAUCCACAAAUAAGUGACACCACUCCUUAAAAGCACUUGUAACUGCAUAUAGAUGGUACAAAAUGACUCCUUUUUUCCCCCAAAUGAAGCUCUGCAUAUGUCUUCAAAAUUUCCUUGGUACCUUGAUACCAGCUCAUGCCAAACCAAUACAGUUAUUGCUUUGGCCUGAGCACAAAAAAAAACACAACACAUGAGUUUUCCAGUGUAUGAUAGGUUCCCUUAAAAAUAUCAGUGAGUAGGUGAAUUGGCAAAUACUGAACCAUAACUAUACCAGGGUUCACUCUAUUACUAAAAUCUAGUAUUUUGUUCAAUCGUGGAUUAAAAUUGUGCCUCUUCAGUGUCUUGCUGCUAACAGGUGCCUUUGAGGCAUCUGUACACCAUUUGGGAAAAAAAUAUAUAAGCAUUUAAAAAAUGGUAAUUAGAUUGGAGCAAGAUGCAUGUAGUUCUGAAACAAAUCAAGUGAUAGAUAAUUUAUUUUGUCAUGGUGUAUCAUGGUGAUUCCCAAGAACAUAUAUCUAAAAAUUACUUUAGACUAAUGUCUUUUAGCACAUGACUAAAUAUGACACUUCUAUGAAACCUUUGCAUCUUUUAAGUUAUAUAGUAUUAUUAAAUUUGAACUAUUAGAAGUACUGAACAUUAAAAUCAUUUCGUACAUGAGUUUUUUAACUGCUAUAUUUAUAUUCAAUCUUUUUUCCCCCCUGUAUAUGUAGUAACAUAACUACAAGGAUACAGUGCAGUCUUCUAAAUAUUCAAAGUAAUUCCCUAAUUGUUUUAAUUUAACAGGAUUUUGCACACUUAUAGUGAAUAUUUGCACACACAAAAUCAUGAUUUGCUAACUAAUAUUUUGAAGAAGCUAUUCAAUUGCGUAGUUCCUCAACCUGAUAGAUGAAUAAUGAAUUAUUGUAUUAUAAACAAAAGAAUAGAGGAACUAGUUUUCCAUCCUUAUUUGCACAGAAAGCUUCAUAUUCUUCAAACCAGAUGUUUCUGUAUACUGCAUAACGUUACACAUUUUCUUUCCUUUGGUUCCCUAUGUCAAAAUUGUGUGACUUCAUUUAGGGUUUGUAUUCAGAGUCCUGUGUUUUGUGUUGUACUUAUAUUGACGUACCAUAUACUAUAUACAGUACAGUGUAAUAAAUACAUUCAUGUACUGCAUUACUAUAGCUUGUAUGUUAUGUGAUCAUACAGUAUUUGGUAUGUGAUUCAGUGUCACUGCUAUUCCAAAUAUUUUUUUGUGAAUUUAUUUUGCUAAAUUUUAAGUGUUGAGCUAGUAAAUUACAUUAACUUGGAAAUAUGCAGAAAUCCGAUGGUAUCACAGAUCUCUUUCUGGAUUUAUGGUAUCUUUUUAUUUUCCUUAGCAGACAUCACUACUUAUAAAUUCAGUUAAGACUUCAUGGAUUUGUUUAUACUGUAUAUUGGACAAUAAACUACUGUAAACUGA